AUGAGCGCAACUCCGAGACAGCGGACUGGUGGUUUUCCACAAACACCAGCGACCGCAGCACCGGGCAGAUCCCGACGACAAGAUCCCGACCCGAACUCUUCCAUCUCCUCCCAGAAAUCUACGAGGCCUUCAACCCUCCCCCAAGCUCCCGAGAAUGCGUCCCGAGGCGCCCCUCCGUCCGAGCCCGUCAUCCCGUUGACCAUCCUCGACGCACCUCAACAACGCUUCUAUGCUUGUGCGAUAUAUAUUGGUUUGCUAGGAUGGAGGUUCUACGACUGGAUCAAGCUGGUCGAGGAUAACGAUACCUCUGCGUGGCUUUUUCUGAAAUGGGUCUUCAUCGACUUCGGAUUUCUCUUCGGUCUUCCUGAAUUGAGGAUACCAUGGCUGGAACUGUCACAACCCGUCGUCAUGGCCAUUUUCCUCUUUCAUGCCUUCUUCAACUUUAUGUUGAUGUUCAAUAUCCCUCUUCCAUUACAACCGUGGCUAGUAGGAUUUAUGAAGGUCUUCUACGACCGAGAGGUGGCCGUUUCCGAGCACACUGUCAAGGUCUCGAGCCUUUUGCACAACCACUCUUUGAUCAUGGGAAGGCAGAUCAUCAACAUCUUGCCAGAAGGGUCUGCGGUUCUCAACUUCGAGCAAAUUCCUUUCUGCAUUGGCCAAGAUCGUGAUGCCGUCAAGUUGCCCAUUCAGUUCAACUCGACCAUCCCGGCUGAAAUGGAGCUCAUACGCAUUGACCUCGACACCAACCAAGAGGAGACGAUUAAGCUCUCUAGUCGCGAGGUCAAAAAGAUCGCGAAGCAGAUCAAGGAUCAGACGACAGACUCCAAUCCAGUUGCAGUUGCCAUCGAAUACUCGGUUAAGAAAACGGGUGUUUACCGCCUCGGCAAGGUUUUGGACGAGUACAAGCUAGAGGUUCAACGUGCCACGAAGGACACCUAUGUUGUUCCUUGCCCCAAGGCAGCUUUCCGGACUCCCGACAAUGCUGGCCGAUGCAUCAGAGACUUGUCUGACCUCUUCAUCGACGUCAUUGGUACACCGCCAUUGAAGAUCCAGUACAGCCGAAGGAUCAAUGGCAAUGACCGGAGUUUUCACUUCCAAAGCCUGCAGCCGGAUGACUACAACUCGCCUUUGUUAGGAUCGCCUUCUUCACAGCUCACUUUGGCUAAUGACGAUGAUACAUCCUGGGUCAAGUCUCAGUCUGUGGCUGUGCGACUCAAUGAGACCUUGGACUCGGCAGGGGAUUGGCAAUACGCUGUUGAUGAGGUUCAAGACGGGUUUGGCAACGUUCAGAAGUACAUUCAAUCUCAGGAAGAAGCUGAUUUGCGACCUCGUCCACCGCACCUGGUCCGCAACUUCCAUGUCAAGCAGCGGCCAAAGGCUAGCUUGAGAGGAUGCGACUUGCGGAAUCCAAUCAAGGUGGCGAAGGAUCACAAGGCGAAGCUGCCAAUCAGCUUUUCGAUACCUGAGAAGGCCCCCGGGGAUACCUCACACUCUCUGACUUGGGAAUUCUCGCCCAUCGACACGUUGACAAAUAGUGGCGAUCACGGCAACAAGGUUUCUGUGGGCUCUUACAAUGCCAAGAACUCUCACGACAAGCCGUUUGUCCAGGAGCCUGGUCUGUACACCCUUAAGUCAGUGGUCAGCGGAUCGUGCGAAGGCGAGAUUCAGGAGCCGUCGUCUUGCCUCUUGCUUAAUCCUCUCGAACCCCAGCUGUCGCUUCGUGCAGAGGAGAUCCCUGACAAGUGUGCCGGCAACUCAGUUGGCCUUCGAGUGGACCUGGAUCUUAUCGGAACCCCGCCGUUCCAGGUCAAAUACGAUGUCGUCGACCAGAAUGGCCAUGUCAGAAAAGAGCGGGUCGAUGUCAGCGGCUUGAGACAGCAGAUCGAGCUGAGGCCCACGGCUGCUGGCCAUCACAAGUACAUCUUCAAGUAUAUCAGUGAUGACAUUUACACCAACCAGCCCCUCAGCGGACCAGGUAUGGUGCUGGAGACGGAUGUCAAGCCUGCUGCUUCCGCGGUUAUUCAGCAUCCUACUGGAGCCAUGGGCGCUUGUCUUGAGGAGCAAGUCGAAGUUGAAAUCUUGCUUUUGGGCGACGCUCCCUUCUCCUUAGAAUGGGAGCUUGUUCACGAUGGCAAGCGCAAGUCCGAACGAGUUACAGAUAUACAGGACUCGACUUACAAGAUCAAGACGAAGCCUCUCGCCAAGGGUGGUGAAUACACUCUCGCGCUGAACAGUGUUCAGGACAGGACCGGCUGCCGAACCUUCCUGAAGGACGAGCUUAAGAUCUCGGUCAGACGGCAACGGCCUAGAGCAGCAUUCGGCAUGAUUGAGAACAAGCGGAGAAUCAUGGCAGUGGAGAAUACCAAGGUCGACCUACCCUUGCGUCUCCAGGGCGAUGGACCUUGGACUGUAUCGUACCGCAACGUUGACUCAGGGGAUGUGAUUCUGAAGAAGACUGCGAAAAACGCAAACGAGAUUCUUGCCGUCAAGGCGCGUGGCACCUACGAAAUCGUCGACGUUUCGGACAGUUGCCCAGGAACCGUGGACCCUCAGGCCUCUCGGUUUGAAGUGGGCUGGUAUCCUCGUCCUGAAAUCACAUUGGUACAAUCCGAUACAAUCACCUCCGAAGCAUCAGUAUUCGUCAAGCGUGACGUAUGCGAAGGCGACAUUGAUUCAUUCGAGGUCAAUCUGAAGGGCUCCGCCCCUUACCGCGUCGAAUACGAUGUUCGCCACAAGUCUUUCCCUGGCUCCGGCGGCAAGGGUUCUGGCUCAAGUAUCCACAGGGAAUUCGAUACUGCUCUCAACAAGGCUUCCAUCGGCCUGGACACAUCCAAGCCCGGAGACUACACGUACAAGUUCUCUGCGUUGGCAGAUAAUCUCUACAACAGCGACAAGAACUCUCACUCUCUGACCCUCAGCCAACGGGUCAAUGCCAAGCCCGCUGCCUCCUUUGUCAAGCCUGGCCAGUCAUUUAAGUACUGCAAGACAGAGCAGGAGAGCGAGGACACCAUCCCGAUCAAACUCGAAGGCGUUGCGCCCUUCUACGUCGAAAUUGAGAUCAAGCAUCACAGCGGCACCGUCCCCGAGACCUACAGAAUUCCAUCCAUCCAGUCGAACUCGUACGGUAUCCACAUUCCCAGACAGCAUCUGCGCCUUGGAAUUCAACACGUCCGCAUUCGCGAAGUAAGGGAUGCUCGAGGGUGCCAGAAGAAGUACGAGAUUAGUGCGCCAAACGUGCAAGUUCAUCUCUACGAUGCCCCGGCUAUCUACCCCUUGGAAAGCCGAGGGGACUACUGCGUCGGCGAACGUAUCGCUUACACGCUAUCCGGCACGCCUCCUUUCGAGAUCUGGUACGAUUUCCAGGGCCAUCAGCGCAAGGCCAAGUCUGGCACGACCAACUUCCGCCGUAUAGCCGAAUCUCCUGGCGACUUUACCAUCACCUCCAUCUCCGACAAGGCAUCCGAAUGUCGUGCUUCUGUCGACGUCACCAAGAAAAUCCACCCACUUCCCGCCGUCAAGAUCAGCCGUGGUCGACAGACUCGCGUAGACAUUCACGAGGGCAAUGAAGUCGAGAUCUUGUUCGAGUUCUGGGGCACCCCACCAUUCGAGUUCACCUACACCCGUAGCUCCAACGCCAGAAAGAAUCAAAAGAGCGUGGUUCUCGAGACUCGACACGAUGUCUCGUACGAAAGUAGCAAGAUCGUCCGUGCGAGCCAAGAAGGCACGUACGAGGUGGUGGCUAUCAAGGACAAGUUCUGCGCCUUUUCUACGCAGCAGGUUGCCGAAAGCAGCAAGGAUCAGAAGAUGCUCCAGUACUAG